CACCAGGAAUAUAGCAUGCUCUUUUAUCAUUGCCUUGAGCUACAAACGAGUGUAAUUUAGUGAAGCGGGGCGUUGCGAGCCCUCCCCUCUGGUCUUGCAGUUUUACAGGCACGCUCUUCAUUAAGUGGGCGAAGCAACAAGCGCAGUGACAUCGAGCAUGCUCCUAUUGCCAGAAUGCGGAUCACUAUGUGGAACUUGUUCCUCCCAUCGUAUUGUAGCUUAGAUGGAAAUGUAUGAUGUGAUCGGAGAGCAAUGAGUUAGGAUACUUUUUCAACCCUAAAAUGAAUUUUCGGCCUCCGGACCGGCGUGAAAAGUCACUUGCAGCCGGUGCAUCAUCAUGGAUCUGGACCUUAACGACGCUCAUCGCUGUUAGGGCCGCGGUUUGUUCACCUGUGUCCAUUGCCCGAACUGGGAGAAAUGCCCCCGAGGUGUUUCUCGAAAAGUAUGGCUAUCUAGACCCGGAAAACCACAUCCACAACACUGCAGAAGUACAAUCAGCCAUCAGGGAUUUCCAGUGGCUGUCCCGCCUACCGAUGACGGGCCAGCUGGAUGGGGCCACCCUCACCCGCAUGGCAGAGCCCCGCUGCGGGGUGACGGACGAGGGCACCCAUGACCUCUGGGCCCAGAGAAUCAAUCUCAUCUUCACGGGCCGGUCGGCGCCCCCCAGUCAACUCGCGCUCCGAAAGAAGCGCUCCUCUUCGCCCCAAGGAGACAAGUGGUACAAGCGCCACCUGACCUAUCAGAUGGUCAACUGGCCCCGCCACCUGUCCCCGGGCCCCGUGAGGCUGGCCGUGCGCGCCGCCUUCCAGCUGUGGAGCAACGUUUCGGGCCUUGUGUUCCGGGAGGUCCCCGGGGGGCCUGCAGACAUCCGCCUGGCCUUUUACAAGGGAGACCACAACGAUGGGGCCAGCAAUGCCUUCGACGGCCCAGGCGGGACCCUGGCACAUGCCUUCCUCCCUCAGCGCGGUGAAGCCCACUUCGACAUGUCCGAGAGGUGGACGCUGAACGGACACAAGGGACACAACCUGUUCAUGGUGACCGCCCACGAGAUAGGACACACCCUGGGAUUGGAGCACUCACCUGUCCGUCAUGCCCUCAUGUCACCCUACUACAGGAAGCUGGGGCGGAACCUGGUACUCAGCUGGGAUGACAUCACCGCUGUUCAGCAGCUCUACGGGAAGCCAUUAGGGGGUCUUCCCGUAAGUCUACCUGUCCAGGGAGUCGGCUGGGGUCUGCAAGAGUGGGAGAUGGCCGAAGUGCAUCAUGGGAAUCCAGACACAUCCCAGCCCCUCUACUGCCAGGGGGUCUUCGAUGCCAUCACAAUGGACCAGAACCAGACAGUGGUGGUGUUCCGGGGCAGCGUCUACUGGACCAUCCCUAGCGACGGCAACGUGAGCGGGCCCUUCCCCCUGCGGCAGCGCUGGGGCCACCUCCCUCUGGCCGUGGAGGCCGCCGCCUUCUCCCCCCUGGACUCCAAGUGGUAUUUCUUCAAAGGCAAGAGGAUGUGGCGCUACACAGGCAGCUCGCUGGACCCGGGCUUCCCCAGGCAGAACAGCGAGCUGGGGCUGCCCCGCCACCCGGACUGCGCCUUCUACUAUGCCCCGCUCGGUCACAUGGUCCUCUUCAAGGGCUCCCGCUACUCUGUGCUGAACCUGCACACGCUGCGCUCGGAGCCCUACUACCCCCGCAAGCUGAGCGACUGGAGCGGCCUGCCGCAGGGCUCCAACGGGGCGGUGGCGCGCCCUGACGGCCGGGUGUACCUGUUCAGAGAGCAGCGCUUCUGGAGGUUCGACCCCGUGAAGGUGCGGGUCACCCGGCAGGGCCACUGGGCCAGGGACCUGGGCUGGACGGGCUGCCGGAGCACGUCGCUGAGCAACGAGAUCGUCUGAAUGGAGGAUGAAGUGGUGGAGUAAGGGUUUUUAGAGUAGAGGGGGACCUGUUUUGUUUGCUGGCUUUCUGUAACUGAAGCAUCAACUAAUCAUACUUUAUUUAUACUGCUUUGUGAUUUAGGUUUGCAGUCUGCAGAAAAAUACACUUAUAUGCACCAUACUUACGGACUGGUAUGGGUGAUUAAGCCAUCGUCACUGUAUUCUCAUGGCUUCACUAAAACAUCCGUUACGAAUAUAAUUUGGCACCAUUACUUCCCAAAAUCGAAAAAAUAUUGGUAACAGAUGUUUUUGAGAGCGACAGUGAGAGUGGUUUGAUCACCCAGACCUGUACCGUCUUUUAAAACGCUAAUGGGACCAUGUGAUCAAGAUAGUAGACAUUAUGGAAAGAUUACAUAUUGUAUGCUCAGAAAUAUUUUUGGUUAUAUUGUACAUAAAUGUUGCCAAUUAUGGCUGCACUUUAGUUUUCUCUUCAAUGCAAAAUAUAUUAUGAGCUUUCUUAAACAUUGCUGCCCCCACAUGGUAAAAUCAUGUAUUGCCGAUUUAUUUAGACGUUUCAGUAAUUAUUAACUUAAAAUAAAAUAGGAUAAUUCGGGCUGUGCGUACAUGUAAAUAGAAGGAGCCAUUGUACAUAAACAACUUUGAGUGGAUUGGGUUUAGAGGACUUAUAUUAUGUGUGUGGUAUGCUGGCCAAACAACAGUGAAGAUCCACUCACCGUAGGGCCACUGUAAGUGCAAUAUGUUGUGAAGGACUGUAAUACUACAAAUGUAUCCAAUGUGGCAUUUUGGAUUAUUCCAGUUUGAAAUGUUGGUCUGUUUGUACCAACCGACUCCCUGUAAUGUUGCUAGAAUUUAUCUUGUUUUGUAGCGGGUAAAAGUUAGCAGCAGGUUUGAUAUUCUCCAGAUAUUUGGUUUUGACUUACCCCGCAAUCGUAUUUGUCAACACAAUUUCACUACAUUACGGGUGUAGUAUGUUGAGGACAGUGACAACGACUUUAGUUGUUGCCAUCGACAUCUGUGCGAGAACAGCACUUAAAUCGGCUGCUAUGUUUUAUGGACCAUUUAUAAAUUAUACCCCCUUAGACUAGUGGCAUAGACUAACAUGGAAUUGCUUCAGGAAAGAAAUCACCACAUAUCAAUAAAAAAAUACAUUUUCUU